AUGAACUCGCGACGUCGCCGGGGCGGCUUGGCCCCACCCCGCCGUGGGGAAUUCAGAUCGCGGCUCUUCGACGAUACUGGCUUCAGAACUCCGGUCGACGAGGUGAAUGAAGUGUUCGCGAAUCUCCACCGGAACCGCGGCGUCGUGGGAGUCAUCGCUACUCUGUCGGAUGGCGCGGUCAUCAAAUCCACCCUACCGGACCGCGGAGAGACCAAUCGCUACGCCAUGAUGGCCGUCGGCCUCUGCAGCGAGACCAGGAACACGUUGGGAACCGGUCGCAGGGAUCGGCCCAACUACUUCAAGGUGACGAACGAGAACCACGAGAUCAUCGUCACACCAGGCCGUACUUUCACCCUUAUUGUGGUGAAACAGCUGCACGAGACGCCCGAAGAGGAAUCCUAA